AUGCAGGCGCUGGAUCUGCAUGAGGCAGCGCAGGAGGGCAACCGAGAUGCUUUGGUGCAGGCCUUGGCCCACAAUGAUGUUAAUGCGGUGGAUGUGACGCUACACAAUCGCACGGCCCUUCACUGGGCGGCCACCACAGGCAACGUGGCCUGCGUGCGCAUCCUUUUGCAAGCGGGUGCCAAUGUUCGUGCGGCACAGAGCAACAAUGGCUGGCUACCCAUUCACGCUGCUGCCGAGGCAGAUGAGCCAGAUGUUAUCCGCGAGCUUGUUCGAGCAGACCCAGGCCUAGCGCUGGCCAUUGACCGACACGGUGACACGCCCCUGGAUGUUGCACAACGUUUUGGCCAUGCUGACUCCGUCCACGCCCUCCGGGAGGCCAUCAACGCUUCACAGGCGUCCGGGUCAACCGCUUUCUCCUCCUAG